CAUUAUUGUCAAAUGAUUUUGUAAAUAUUUACAUUAUAAAUCUACUGUUUCCUAUUUCUUUAAAUUAUAAGAUAACUGAUUUAAAACAAUAAUACAUAGUGUUACAUAGUUAUUAGGACAUACUAUCCCCAAUUCUAUUAUGGGGCAGUACGACACGGGCUUAACAAACAACCCCCAAGAAGUAUCCACAAAUGUGGAGUUGGACCAUCCAAAUAUUAAUGAUGAUUCCGACUCUGAUAUGGAGGAAAAUGAUCAGUGGGGUGGAUAUGUACCUUUAGCUCAGAACCCCAAUGAUGCAGAACCUCUAGAUGAACUUAGUGCAUCAGAAGAUGAAGAAAUGAAUCUGCAAGAAUUAGACUCUUCCCCAACAUCUGGACCUUCUGGUUCCAUACCAGAAGUCAGACCUGCAAGUGCAGCCUUAGUUGAAGAAGUUUGGACUAAUUCACCUCCUAGAGAAUCAGACAUAGAAAUGAGUGAGAAAAAGAUUAACUUAGUCAAGCAAGUAAUGUUAAACAUUCAGUUACCAACGGAUUCUAUACCAUCAUGGGCAAAUGAUAUUCCUGAAGAAGAAUGGAAAGACCAUCUUUUGAAAAGGUUGAAUAAAAAUGAUAAAUAAUUAGUUUUCUGAAUAUAUUUAUGUUGAAUUGAGUCUCGUAAUAUAUGGUUAUAGCAUAGUGAUACUUUCAUGCAGUAUUUGAAUUUUUAGGAUUAUAUUACUUCCAUUAGAUUAUAAGCAAAAUUAUUCAAAAAUAAAAAUAGAGAUUGUUCUCACGAUUUGCUUCUAAACUAAAAUCUUAUGUGAAAGAUGUAAUUUGAAAUAAUUUAUCAAGAUCCUCAACCCAUUUUACAAUAACACACAUUUCUGUUCAUAUAAAAUUUUAUUAAUAAAUGUUUUUCAUAAA